GGAGUGUUUGUUUUCUGGAUUGUAUCAAAAGAUGAUAGGGAAUUUGUUGGCCCAAGUGUCGACAUGCCCCACGCUGUUAUCUUUGUCGUGCAUUUCUUCGAAUAGUUUGCCGUAUCUUCCUUCAAGACCACCAACAAAAGUAACCCGGAUAAGAGCUACAUCGGCCGACACAGGACACAGCCAACAAUCCUCCUCUUCUUCUGAGAAAAAUAAUCCACUUGCAGUUGUUUUGGAUGUCCCUCAGACUAUUUGGAGGCAAACAUUACGACCGUUGAGUGAGUUUGGCUUUGGUUGUAAAAGUAUAUGGGAAGGUGGGGUAGGUAAAAGUAUAUGGGAAGGUGGGGUAGGAUUGUUUCUAGUUUCAGGUGCAGUUCUUGUUGCACUCAACUUGGCUUGGUUACGGGGGUAUCAAUUGAGCUCUAGAUUCAGGAAGUACUUUGCUGUGUUUGAGUUCACUCAAGCUUGUGGAAUAUCCACUGGAACGCCAGUGAGGAUUAUAGGGGUCACUGUCGGCAAUGUUAUCUGUGUUAACUCUUCUUUGGAAAGUAUUGAAGCUGUUGUUGAGGUUGAAGAUGAUAAAACUGUCAUACCUCGAAAUGCACUGAUUGAGGUAAACCAGUCGGGUCUUCUCAGGGAAACUAAAAUUGACAUUACACCUAGAGACCCACUUCUGAAUAUUUCAGUUGGGCCUCUUCAUCCUGAAUGUAGCAAAGAAGGUCUGAUUGUAUACGAUAGACAAAAGAUGAGAGGACAUCAAGGUGUGAUUUUAGAUGCAUUGGUAGGUAUAUUUACCCGUCUUGGACGUGAAGUGGAGGAGAUUGGUAUAGUAAACACGUAUUCACUCGCUGAACGAGUUGCUUCUGUGAUAGAAGAGGCAAAGCCACUGCUUACACUGGUGUGA